UCGCCGCCGCCGCCACCGCCGCCGCCGCCGCCACCGCCGCCAGCAGCGCCGCCGCCGCCGCCCGAGACUCGCGCAGAGCAGUUAUGGCGGAUCCCGCAGCGCCCGCGCCCGCAGCUCCGGCUCCCGCCCAGGCCCCGGACGCGCCCCCGACCCCGGACGCGGCCCCCGCCGCGGCGCCCGCCCCGGACUCGGCCUCCGGGCCGUCCUCGGACUCCGGCCCCGAAGCCGGCUCGCAGCGGCUGCUGUUCUCUCACGACCUGGUGUCGGGCCGUUACCGCGGCUCGGUGCACUUCGGGCUGGUGCGCCUCAUCCACGGCGAGGACUCGGACUCGGAGGGCGAGGAGGAGGGCCGCGGGAGCUCGGGCUGCUCCGAGGCGGGGGGCGCGGGCCACGAGGAGGGCCGGGCCAGCCCGCUGCGCCGCGGCUACGUGCGCGUCCAGUGGUACCCGGAGGGCGUCAAGCAGCACGUGAAGGAGACCAAGCUGAAGCUCGAGGACCGCUCCGUCGUGCCCCGGGACGUGGUCCGGCAUAUGCGAUCCACCGACAGUCAGUGCGGCACCGUGAUCGACGUCAGCAUCGACUGUGCGGUCAAGCUGAUCGGCACCAACUGCAUCAUCUACCCCGUCAACAGCAAGGACCUCCAGCACAUCUGGCCUUUCAUGUAUGGGGACUACAUUGCCUAUGACUGCUGGUUGGGGAAGGUCUAUGACUUAAAGAACCAGAUCAUCUUGAAGCUGUCCAACGGUGCCAGGUGCUCCAUGAACACAGAAGAUGGCGCCAAGCUCUACGAUGUCUGCCCCCACGUCAGCGACUCUGGUCUCUUCUUUGAUGACUCCUAUGGCUUCUACCCGGGCCAGGUGCUCAUUGGCCCCGCCAAGAUCUUCUCCAGCGUCCAGUGGCUGUCGGGGGUCAAGCCUGUGCUCAGCACCAAGAGCAAAUUCCGAGUGGUGGUGGAAGAGGUGCAGGUUGUAGAGCUCAAGGUCACAUGGAUUACCAAGAGUUUCUGUCCAGGGGGCACGGACAGCGUCAGCCCCCCGCCCUCUGUCAUUACUCAGGAAAACCUAGGCAGGGUGAAGCGUCUCGGAUGCUUUGACCAUGCUCAGCGGCAGCUGGGGGAGCGCUGUCUGUAUGUCUUCCCAGCCAAGGUAGAGCCGGCCAAGAUUGCCUGUGAAUGUCCAGAAAAACACUGCGCCCAGGGGGAGGGCUCUAUGGCCAAGAAGGUGAAGCGCCUGUUGAAGAAGCAGGUUGUGAGGAUCAUGUCCUGCCCCCCGGACGCGCAGUGCCCCAGAGACCAUUCCACGGAGGACCCGGGAAAGAAAGGAGGGGCCAGAGCCAAGAGCGAAGCAGGGUCCGUCAGCCCCGAGGAGACGCCCGAUGGGUCCGCCAGCCCGGUGGAGAUGCAGGACGAGGGCUCGGAGGAGGCCCCGGAUGCGGGUGAGCCGCUGCCCCCCUUCCUGCUGAAGGAGGGCGGGGACGACAGGCUGCACUCGGCAGAGCAGGACGCGGAUGACGAGGCUGCUGACGACACGGACGACACCAGCUCGGUGACCUCCUCGGCCAGCUCCACCACCUCCUCCCAGAGCGGCAGCGGCACGAGCCGAAAGAAGAGCAUCCCCUUGUCGAUCAAGAACUUAAAGCGAAAACACAAGCGGAAGAAGAAUAAAAUCACUCGUGACUUCAAGCCAGGGGACAGGGUGGCCGUGGAGGUGGUGACCACCAUGACCUCGGCAGACGUCAUGUGGCAGGAUGGCUCCGUGGAGUGCAACAUUCGCUCCAACGACCUCUUCCCUGUGCACCACCUGGACAACAACGAGUUCUGCCCCGGAGACUUCGUGGUGGAUAAACGAGUCCAGAGCUGUCCGGAUCCCGCUGUCUACGGUGUGGUGCAGUCUGGCGACCACGUGGGCCGCACCUGCAUGGUGAAGUGGUUCAAGCUGCGGCCCAGCGGGGAUGACGUGGAGCUGAUCGGAGAAGAGGAGGACGUGAGCGUCUACGACAUUGCCGACCACCCCGACUUCCGGUUCCGCACCACCGACAUCGUCAUCCGCAUUGGCAAUACCGAGGACGGAGGUCCUCACAAGGAGGAUGAGCCGUCGGUUGGCCAAGUGGCCCGUGUGGACGUCAGCAGCAAGGUGGAGGUGGUGUGGGCCGACAACUCGAAGACUAUCAUCCUGCCCCAGCACUUGUACAACAUCGAGUCUGAGAUUGAGGAGUCCGACUAUGACUCGGUGGAAGGCAGCAGCAGCGGGGCGUCGUCGGACGAGUGGGAAGACGGCAGCGACAGCUGGGAGACCGACAGCGGGCCGGUGGAGGACGAGCACCCCAAGAUCGAGGGGCCCCCCAUCCCGCCCGCUGAGCGGCCGGCAGCCCCCGAGGAGGACAAGGGGGUGGUGAUCAGCGAAGAGGCUGCCACGGCCGCCAUUCAGGGGGCUGUGGCCAUGGCUGCCCCUGUGGCGGGGCUGAUGGAGAAGGCUGGCAAGGACGGGCCCCCAAAGAGCUUCCGGGAGUUGAAAGAGGCCAUCAAGAUCCUGGAGAGCCUCAAGAACAUGACCGUGGAGCAGCUUCUGACGGGCUCCCCCACCUCCCCCACAGUGGAGCCUGAGAAACCCACUCGGGAGAAGAAGUUUCUAGAUGACAUCAAGAAACUGCAGGAAAAUCUCAAGAAGACGCUGGACAAUGUGGCCAUUGCGGAGGAGGAGAAGAUGGAGGCAGUGCCGGACACAGAGCGCAAGGAGGACAGACCCGAAGCGCAGUCACCUGUGAAGGCCGAGUGGCCCAGCGAGACCCCGGUGCUCUGCCAGCAGUGCGGCGGCAAGCCUGGUGUCACCUUCACCAGUGCUAAGGGCGAGGUGUUCUCAGUGCUGGAGUUCGCGCCCUCAAAUCACUCUUUUAAGAAAAUUGAGUUCCAGCCUCCGGAAGCCAAGAAGUUCUUCAGCACGGUACGGAAGGAGAUGGCCCUGCUGGCUACCUCGCUGCCUGACGGCAUCAUGGUCAAGACCUUUGAGGACAGAAUGGACCUCUUCUCGGCCCUAAUCAAGGGUCCCACUCGUACCCCCUACGAGGAUGGCCUCUACUUGUUUGACAUCCAGCUCCCCAACAUCUACCCAGCCGUGCCCCCCCACUUCUGCUACCUCUCCCAGUGCAGUGGCCGCCUGAACCCCAACCUGUAUGACAACGGGAAGGUGUGCGUCAGCCUCCUGGGCACCUGGAUCGGAAAGGGGACGGAGAGGUGGACGAGCAAGUCCAGCCUUCUGCAGGUGCUCAUCUCCAUCCAAGGUCUGAUCCUGGUGAAUGAACCGUACUACAAUGAAGCGGGCUUCGACAGCGACCGGGGCCUGCAGGAGGGGUACGAGAACAGUCGUUGCUACAACGAAAUGGCGCUCAUCCGCGUGGUGCAGUCCAUGACCCAGCUGGUGCGGCGGCCCCCGGAGGUGUUCGAGCAGGAGAUCCGGCAGCACUUCCGCACGGGUGGCUGGCGGCUGGUGAACCGCAUCGAGUCAUGGCUGGAGACCCACGCCCUGCUGGAGAGGGCCCAGGCACUGCCCAACGGAAUCCCCAAGGACAGCAGCUCCCCGGAGCCGCCGGCUGUGGCCGAGCUCUCUGACUACGGCCGAGAAGAACCUGAGGACGGAGGGCUGGGCCCCGGAGAGGCCUCCCAGGGCUCAGACUCGGAGGGCGGCGCCCAGGGCCUGGCCUCAGCUAGCAGGGACCGCACAGACCAGACUUCGGAGGCAGCGCCUGACGCCCCUGUGCCACCCAGCGUCAAACCAAAGAAGCGGAGAAAGAGCUACCGGAGCUUCUUGCCCGAGAAGAGCGGCUACCCCGACAUCGGCUUCCCGCUCUUCCCACUUUCCAAGGGUUUCAUCAAGAGCAUCCGGGGUGUCCUGACGCAGUUCCGGGCCGCUCUGCUAGAGGCGGGCAUGCCUGAGAGCACAGAGGACAAGUAGCUGCCCACCUCGAGCAAGGAACAUCUCGUGGGGAGAGGUCAGCUGCUGCCUGCUCACUCCCUCCCCUGGAAUCGCCCGUCUUCCCAAUUUUUCCUUUGUCCCCAAUGCAGAAGCCCCUGGUUGCCCUCUCCCCAAGGUGAGUUUGAUGCUGAAGUGCAAGAAGUUUCUUGAGAUGCUGCCGUUUCUUUUCCGAAGCAAUCUUUCAACAGGCCGGCCCCCAGUGGCAAAGAGGAUCUGAAACCUGUUGCUGAUUUUCCACUUGCCACCCAGGCUGAGGGUCCCGGCACUAGCUCCCUUGCCGCCCCCUUCUCGGGUCGGAGGUGGGGUCUUCCUAGGGCCUGACACGAGGGCUCCGUGGGGGUCCACGUGUCGGGCAGCCCAGCAGCAGGACGAGUGGCCGUGCCUUGCAUGAAGUGUGGGUUGCGCCAGAAGUCCCCCCCCCCCCCGCCCCUGUCAACCUCUCCCGUGCCCCGUAGCUUCCCUGUUCCCAGGCCCCCUG